AUGUCGGAAGCAGCAGCAGUUUUCCCCCCGCUUGACAAGCGGCCAAUGGCCAACACAAUCGUUUUAUUCGAUGUGGACGACACGCUCACCCCUGCCCGUCGAUCGGUAUCACCCGAAAUCCUCGAACUCCUCUCCGUCCUCCGCCACAAAGUAGCCGUGGGAUAUGUUGGCGGUUCUGACCUCAAAAAACAACAAGAGCAAUUAGGCUCUGCCUCCGUCCCCGUCACCUCGCUGUUCGACUUCUGCUUCCCCGAGAAUGGACUCGUUGCAUACAAGGAAGGCGCCCCCCUCGCCUCGACCUCCUUUAUCCAAUGGAUUGGCGAAGAGAAAUAUAAGGAGCUGGUGAAGUUCAUACUGCAUUAUGUGGCGGAUCUGGAUAUCCCCGUGAAGAGGGGCACAUUCAUUGAGUUCCGAAAUGGCAUGAUUAAUGUCAGCCCUAUUGGCAGGAAUGCGAGUGUGGUGGAGAGGGAUGAGUAUGAGAAGUAUGAUAAGGAACAUAAGAUCCGCGAGACAUUUGUGGCGAUACUAAGGGAGAAGUUCGCGCACUUGGGGCUGACAUAUUCGAUCGGUGGCCAAAUCUCGUUUGAUGUCUUCCCCAAGGGCUGGGACAAGACUUACUGUCUAAACCACCUGGAGAACGAGGCUAAGCUGCCCGGCGGGGUCGCAUAUACAACAGUUCACUUCUUUGGUGACAAGACAUACCAAGGCGGUAACGACUUUGAGAUAUUCUCGGAUCCAAGAACGAUUGGGCACACUGUUAAAGGCCCUGACGAUACGUUGGCACAGGUAAAGGCACUGUUUGGUAUUUAA